CUGGGCCCUCCCCGCCGCCCAAAAGCCGAGCGCCGCAGGCCGAGAGGGAGGCGCGCGACGAUGGGGGGCCCGGGCGGCGACUGGGCGCUCGAGAGCUGGGCGCUGGCCCUGCUGCUCCUGGCGGCCGCGGCGCUCUAUGGGAUCUGGCCAUAUAAUUUCUUUAAGAAGUUGGGAAUUCCUGGACCAAGGCCACUGCCUUUUAUUGGAACCUUCUAUGAGUACCGGAACGGUAUCCUGGAUUUCGACCAGAGAUGCUUUCAGAAAUAUGGCAAAAUCUGGGGGCUGUUUGAUGGGCGGCAACCUGUGAUGGCCAUUCUGGAUCCUGCCAUCAUUAAAACCAUCCUGGUCAAAGAAUUCUAUACUAAUUUCACCAAUCGCCGGGACUUUGGUUUGAAUGGAGACCUGGACACGUCCAUAACCAUAACUGCUGAUGAACAGUGGAAGAGAAUCCGUAGUGCCUUGUCUCCCACUUUCACCAGUGGGAGGCUGAAGGAGAUGCUGCCCAUCAUCAACCAUUAUGGUGAAAGCUUGGUGAAGAACAUUCAGAAGAAAGCGGAGAAUGAGGAAGAAAUAGAUAUGAAGUUGAUCUUUUCAGCCUUCAGCUUGGAUGUAGUAACCAGCACUUCAUUCAGUGUCAACAUCGACUCCCUCAACCAUCCCGAUGACCCUGUUGUUGUCCACAUCAAGAAGGCCCUCAAAUUUAGCUUCUACAAUCCUAUGAUAAUCUUGGUUGUCCUUUUCCCGUUCCUUAUUCCAGUGCUGCAGAAACUCAACUUCACCUUUUUCCCCAAGUCCUCUAUCAAGUUCUUCUUUGACAUCUUCAAAAAAAUCAAGGGAGAUCGACAGAAGAAGGAGCACACGCAUCGAGUUGAUUUUCUUCAGCUCAUGAUAGACUCUCAGGCUCCAGCCAACACCACUGAUGAGGCAAAUUCGUAUAAAGCUUUAACAGACAAAGAGAUUUUGACCCAGUCAAUUAUUUUUAUUUUUGGUGGCUAUGAAACCACGGGUACCACACUCAGCUUCCUGUCUUAUUGUCUGGCCGUUCACCCCGAUGUUCAAGAGAAACUAUACCAAGAGAUCAGUGAAACGCUUCCCAAUCAGGCCCCUCCCACCUAUGAGGCUAUCCAUCAGAUGGAAUAUCUAGAUAUGGUGGUGAAUGAAACCCUUCGACUUUACCCUCCAGGGGGACGAAUUGAACGGGUUUGCAAAAAGACAGUGGAAAUCCAUGGAGUGACCAUCCCAGAAGGAACUGUGGUGAUGAUCCCUGCGUUUGUCUUACAUCGUAUGCCAGAAUAUUGGUCUGAACCAGAGGAGUACAGACCAGAGAGGUUUGGUAAAGAGAACAAAGAAGGACUAGAGCCGUAUGCAUUCCUCCCUUUCGGAGCGGGUCCCAGGAACUGCAUUGCUAUGCGUUUUGCCCUCCUGGUCUUGAAAGCGGCCGUGGUCACUGUGCUGCAAAAAUUUCACUUCCAGACUUGCAAAGAGACACCGAUCCCCCUGGAACUGGACUCCAAAGGGUUCAUGCAGCCGAAGAAGCCCAUCAAGUUGAAGUUGGUGCCCAGAGCCGUCGUGGAACAUGAGGAAUAGUGGGUCUGCAAAGGGGCUGUUCUGUCUCCUUCCUUCCUUUCGCAAUGUUUUGUCUUCGUAUCACAUAGGAGUAGUAAUUUGAAUGGAUAGAAUUAAAUGCCUACAGGCCGUCCUUGACUUACGACCAUAAUUGGGACUAGAACUUCCAUUGCUAAGCAAGGAGGUCAUUAAAUGAGUCAUGCCUGAUUUUAUGACCUUUUUGGUCAUUAAGUGAAUCACUGUGGUUGCUAGGUAAAUCACAUGAUUGUUAAGCAAAUCCAGCUUUCCCCAUUGCCUUUUCAUGUUGGAAGCUGGCUGGGAAGGUCACAAAUGGCAAUCACAUGACCCCAGGACACUGUAACCAUCAUAAAUACAUGGUGGUUGCCAAACACCUGAAUUUUGAUCAUGUGACCACAGGGAUGCUAUGACAGUCAUAAGGGCAAGGACCGGUUGUAAGCCACUCUUUUCAGCACUGUCUUAACUUUGAAGGUCACUAAACUAAUGGUCAUAAGUCGAGGACUACCUGUAUUUAGACGUUUUCUCAUGUGCUUUUCAAGGAGGGCUGGAUGUGCCAGUUAAUUCUGGUCUCCGUUCAGUUUUUGCUUUAAAAAAAAUAAACCUCUUUACUUACAAA